AUGGGCUCCACAGACUCCGACCCCCCACAACUCAUGUACCCCGCCCCGCUGGCCCCGGAGCGCGGCGCGCCCAUCGCCCCGUCAAACCCCGACGCCUCAGAAGUCGACAUCACCACUCCGGUCCUCAUCGUCGGCGGCGGGCCCGUGGGCAUGAUGCAAGCGCUCCUGCUGGCGCGCCUGCACAAGAUUCGCAGCACGCUCGUCGAGCGCGAGCCCAGCACCACCGUCUUCCCCAAGAUGGAGUACACCAACGGCCGCAGCAUGGAGAUCUACCGCGCCAUGGGCCUGGCGGACGAUGUGCGCGCCAUGGCGGCGCGAGAAGUGCCGGAGAAGUAUAGCUUGGAUGAGCUGAUUGUUACGAGUCUGGCGGCAGGGGGGAAGCUGGUCGAUGUGUGGGAACGGGAUGGGCCGGAGACGGCGAGGGAGAAGGCGAGGGUCAAGAAUGAUGGGUCCGGGUAUUUGGAGCCGCAUAUGCGGUGCCAUCAGAUCUUGAUUGAGAGGUGGUUGAAGGACAAGGUGGAUGCAGAGGAGUUGGUGGAUGGGCAUUGGAGCACGGGGUUUGUGGGGCUGGAGGAGAAAAGGGAUUGUGUUAUUAGUGAGGUGAAGAAGGCGGAUGGCACUGUCAUGCGUAUCAAGAGCGACUAUGUCAUUGGCUGUGACGGCGGUGGAAGCUGGGUCAGGAAGAGCGUGGGCUUGGAGAGCAAGCGCGAUUAUCUCAACAUGCAAAUCUCCUUUGUGCACUUCCGCUCCGCCUCGCUGCGCGACUCCCUCCCCUUCCAGCGCUUCUGGCACGCCAACGUCAUCGCCGGCGGCAUCCUCGUCACCCAGAACGAAUCCGACGUCUGGACCGCGCACUUCAUCACCCCGCCGCACAUGGACCCCGCCACCCUCAGUCCGGAAGACGUGCUGGCGCUGACCAUCGGCGGCUGCCAGGGUCCCAGCCCCGUCCAGUUCGACGAGAUCUACUGCCGCGGUGUCUGGAAGGUGGAUGUCGCGAUCGCCAACAGGUUCCGUAGCGCGGAGGCGGGCAGGGUGUUCUUGGCGGGCGAUGCGGCGCAUCAGCUGAGUCCGGUUGGAGGACAUGGGUUGAAUACGGGUGUCGCUGACACGUAUGAUCUGGCGUGGAAGCUGGCUGCGACUAUGAGUGGUUGGGGUGGGGAGAAGCUGUUGGAUACCUAUGAUGCGGAGAGGAGGCAGAUUGCGUUUGAGAAUUUGGGACACGUGCAAGACGCGUUGGGGCAGUUGGUUAUGCCUCUUUUUGGCGCGCACAUGAAGUAUGGUGUGGAAGUGCUGAAUGGUGAUGGCGAGGAGAGCGAGGCGGCGAGAGCGGAACUGAAGAAGCUGUCCGAGACGGGGAGCUGGCUUCAUAAUCAGAAUGGGAAUAUUCUGGGGUAUUGCUACCAGCAGUCUGAGGCGGUGGUGGCGGCGCAGGAGAUGGGGGAGAGGCCGGUCGGGACCAAGGACAUCUAUGUACCGACGACUUGGCCGGGGAGUCGGGCGCCCCAUGUGUGGAUGCGGGAUGGGAGAAGUACGGUUGAUGCUUUUGAUAAGAUUGGGUUCAGCCUUGUCGACUUCUCACAGCAGGGAAAUUUGAGCGAGCCGUUUGUACAAGCCAGUGAAGAGAUCGGCCUGCCCUUACGAGUGCUACAUUGGGACGGCGAGGACAAUGUGCGGAAGGUGUACGAGCGUGACCUGGUCCUGGUACGGCCAGACGGACACGUUGCGUGGCGGUGUGCGGAGGGUACUGUCGAGCCGAUGAGUUUGACCGAGGCAAAGGCAUUGCUGGAGACUGUUCUCGGAAGGGCCACAUAG